ACUCAAGGAGAAAGUGGUUAAAUUCUUUGAGAAAGAAAGUCUCACAAUUCACGAGAUUUUGCAGGGACAUGAAUUCAGCCAUGAGAGGACUUGGAUAAAUCUGCUCAUUUGCUCAUUAACACAGGGGCUUGCGGACUGACUGUAAAAGUAACAUGUUCUUCUUUUGGUGUCCUUUGCAGAUAACAUCUUAAAUAGACGACCCAGGUACCAUCUUUUCAGGAAGCAUUAGACAGACUCUGUACUCUUAGUACUUUUUGAAGGGCCUUAAGGAAGUAUAUCAGACAGAAACACCAUGACGCUUCAAUGGACCUUUGUGGCAGCCUUCCUGUAUUUGGAGGUUUUUGCCCUGAUACUCCUGAUGCUCCCAUUCAUCAAGCCAUACAUGUGGCAGAGAUUCUUUCAUUCUGGAAUAGUGAAGUCCAUCACAGCUUAUGCAUACAUCUAUUUCAAUGUUUUUCUCUUCAUCCUUGUCUUGCUAUUCCUUGAUUCUGUGAGAGAAGUGAGCAAGUACACAGAUGCCAAAGAAGAACUUGAUGUAGCUAUCCCGAAUGCAGAGGCCAUCCUCAAUAUGAAGCUUUUUAGAGCACAGAGGAACUUUUAUGUGGCUGGAUUUGCAUUCUUCCUCUGCAUUGUGUUGAAGCGUAUGUGUAACCUAAUCUCAAAGGAAGCUACUCUAAUAGCAUCUAAUGAAGCUUCAGUCAAGCAAGCACAGGGUGCAUCAGAUCAGGCUAAAAGACUCAUGGAGGAGAUGGAUGAACUACAAAAGGAGCUGGAGACCAAGACUAAGCGUUCACGCUCUGGUUCUAUGGCUGACAUUGUCGUAGCUGCAGUUGCAGACAGUGAAGUUGCUAAAGAUCUGAAGACUACCAGGGAUGAUCUGGCAAGCUCAAAAGCAGAGUUGGAGAAGACAAAGAAAGAGAUGGAGGCCGUUAAGAAGCAGGCUGAAGGAGUCUCUUCUGAAUAUGAUAGAUUGUUAGCAGAACAUUCCAAGCUACAGAAUCAAGUGGCAUCUUCAGAGACAAAGAAAGAUUCAUAGAUCUUCAACUUGAUUCAUGCAGCUAGCCUGGUUAUUAGGGUUGUUAGUGGAGAAGAACAGGACUGAGUAGACUGGGGGCUUCAAGUGCCUAUCAAAUGAUCUAGUACAGCUGGAGCAAAAAUUAGUAGAAUUACCUUGCAUUACAGAUGUCAAUGGGCUGACAUAUGUUUCUUAAUAUUCUCUUACCAUAUUCUGAUGAUAUCUGGAGAAUAUUUAUAACAUACAUAAUACAUAAUAAUCACUGUUCUUUGCAUUUCACAGCUGAAAAGCUUUUAUGUUUAAAUGUGUAAUGUUCAUCUAGAUUUACAAAUGGUAGACAUGACAGUUUAUUUUUUAUUCAUAUGAUUCAUAUUUUCAAGUUCCUGUGGAUCUGAAAUUUACAUGAUUCAGCGAUGACAAUUCUGAUAUUGUCAUGGAUAUUUUUUCCUCAACAAAACCUUUCAAAAGAGUGGCCCUUCUAUCUAAUGUGUAAUGUAAUGAGAUCAUGAUAAAGUAAUAUGAAAUUCGAAAGAACCCUAUUAUAUAAUGAUAAUAUCCUUGUAAUUGUCAACUCUGAAAUAGAUUUUCUUGUUACUAGGGCUUGAACAAAAAAUAGGUCGUGCUAAAUUGGUGGCCCAAGUUUUUAUAAAAUAUGGUAAUCUCUUCAUUCUUGACAUAAAUCUCUAUAGCAUUCUAGAUCCUGUUAUCACCUUGUACAACUCAUUGUGAGUCUUGGUAUUGAAUUCUACUCCAAAAUGCUAAGUUGGCUAUUCAAUAUCUACUGGUAUACAAAUAACAGUCAAACAACAGUAGUCUUUUAUCAUGUAUUAAGAAUUUGAUAAAAGUAAAAAGACUGUUCACAAUACCAUUUCUAUGUGUAUCUUUAGUUGCCAAAUAAUGACAUUUUGUCAGAGUCAAAAUUUUUUUGUUAGUCCCAGAAGGUUUACUUUAGCCCAAAAUGACUGUGCAAUUAAGAAGUUUUGUGUAUGUAUGUUGGGCAGGGGUGUGAGAGGGUGGGGGGGGGGGGGACUUGAAUUGUCAAUCAGCUACUACCUAAAUAUUGUCCAUUAUGUUUUGCUCCUUUCAUGAGAUAAUUUUUGUAAAUCUUUGAGAAUGUACUUUUGUUUGUUGAUAAUAAUAAUAAUAAAUCCUUUUUAAUGAGUAACAACUUGAAACAUAUUCCUAUUUUGUGUUGUUUAUAAAAAAUGUCAUUGUAUUUAGGGGGAAUAGGGUUCUGGUUUUUGUUUGAAGGUCAAGUCCACCCAAGAAAAAUGUUGAUUUGAAUAAAUAUAGAAAAAUCAAACUAGCAUAACGCUGAAAAUCAAAAUCGCAUGUAAAAUAAGAAAGUUAUGACAUUUUAAAGCUUUGCUUUUUUUCACAAAACGGUGAUAUGCACAACUGAGUGACAUGCAAAUGAGACAGUCGAUGAUGUCCCUCACUCACUGUUCUUUUUUUUUUUUUUUGAUUGUUUGAAUUAUUCAAUAUUUCAUUUUUUACAGAUUUGACAAUAAGGACCAAUUUGACUGAACCAUAUAGUAUUAAACAAUCAUCAAUGCUAAUUCCACAUUUUUAGGGAGGAAAUAAUUUUUUUUUCACUUGACAAUGAAGAGAAAAUUAGAAUAAACAAAUAUAUCAGGCUUUGAGAAAAUAUAGUAGAAUUAUUUAUCCGAGGUUGGUCUGGCAAUUACUAUUUUUCCCGAGGGGCGAAGCCCUGAGGGAAAUAUAGUAGUUUUGCCAGUCCAACCGAGGAUUAAUAAUUUCCACUAUGCUUUCGAAUGAAACGCCUGAAAUAUUUGUUUUAUAUCCUACUUUUAAUAAUUUAUAACCAAAAUAUAUGCGCUGAGCUUGCAAAGUCCGGUUACUUGCGUUGAAUUACCUACUUUUCUCCGAGCCGCCGCGCUCAGCGGAACGCAGAUUAGUGCCUGCGCCAACGCAUCACUGGACUUGCCCGGGAGCGCGCUGCCCGGGAGAGAGAGCUUGCUGGCCGGUGCGCCCGAGAGUUUAGCUAAAUAUCCAGUUUUCUAUUAAUGUCAGAAUAUUGGUAUAGCGAAAAAUGUAUCGAGGUCUUACGUCACGCAACAUCAUAUUUGAAAUAUAUUUGGUCACAUGAUGCUAUUUGAACCAAUCACUAUACAGGAUUCAAUUUAUGUAGGAUAUAAUAUUUCAUAUUGCAUGUAAUAAAAUACAAAAGGAAUAUUGAGUGGAUGACAUCAGUUUCCUCGUUUGCAUACCGACCAGGAUGUGCAUAUAAAUGUUUUUACAUCUGAUUUUGAUGAAAUUUGCAGUGUUAUGCUUGUUGGAUUUUUCUCUUUUUAUUCAAAUCAAUUUUUUGUUGUGGUGGACUUGUCCUUUAUUUUUGUUAUAAACAGCAACUGGAAGGUUGAAGACACAUAAAAGAAUUGGGCAAGCAAGUAGGUUGUUAUGACACAAGACUAGUACAAGUAUUAAUAGGGACAUUCUCUGCACCUGACAAGUCCUAGUCAGAAACUUCAGUCUUUUCUUCUACCUUGAAGAUGUGGAAUACUAGUAUAUGUCAACUCCUGUUUAUUCAAUCAGAGGCUUUUAAUUCAUCAAAUCUAUAAAAAAUAAAAUAUAUAUAUUUCUAUGACUUAUACAAUAAAACAAAAGAUAUAUAGUGAGAAUGUGACAUUGUCAUUGAGUAUAUUGCCCAUAUUCUGUGAACUCGAGUACAACUUUGGAAAUGUCAUGACUUUUAUAUUAUACAGUUUUUGGAUUUUGGUGAUUCUUUUUGUGUUAUGCUUGUUUGAUUUUUCUAUGUUAAUUCAAGACAACUUGUUGAGUUGGACUGGAGUAUCAAUAAAUUUUAAUGCAGACAUUAAUGACAA